UGGGACCUGAACCGCCAAACCGCACCUACGAGCAAACAGUAGGCGCUCCAUAAAUACUUGUUGAUGUGGGUGCCAUCGUGUAGAUGACGGAGCACGAACCCGAGGCUCAGACAGGGGCGGCGACUUGUCCAAAGUCCCACUCCGUGGAGGAAGCGGCUCUGCAGACCUCAGGCGGCGGCUGCUCUAAUCCCCGCAGCCUGUGUUUUGCCCUCCAGACGGCAGAGGGCGCGUGUUCGCCGCCGGGAAAGCGGAAGCGCGUGUGCGCGCACGGCCGAGGGGGCGGGACAUGCCGGCAGUCUCGCGAUAACUGCGCAGGCGCGGACCGAAGCGAUCUCUUCUGAGGAUCCGGCAAGAUGGCAGAAGUAGAGCAGAAGAAGAAGCGGACCUUCCGCAAGUUCACCUACCGCGGCGUGGACCUGGACCAGCUGCUGGACAUGUCCUACGAGCAGCUGAUGCAGCUGUACAGUGCGCGCCAGCGGCGGCGGCUGAACCGGGGCCUGCGGCGGAAGCAGCACUCCCUGCUGAAGCGCCUGCGCAAGGCCAAGAAGGAGGCGCCGCCCAUGGAGAAGCCGGAAGUGGUGAAGACGCACCUGCGGGACAUGAUCAUCCUACCCGAGAUGGUGGGCAGCAUGGUGGGCGUCUACAACGGCAAGACCUUCAACCAGGUGGAGAUCAAGCCCGAGAUGAUCGGCCACUACCUGGGCGAGUUCUCCAUCACCUACAAGCCCGUAAAGCACGGCCGGCCCGGCAUCGGGGCCACCCACUCCUCCCGCUUCAUCCCCCUCAAGUAAUGGCUCAGCUAAUAAAGGCACACAUGACUCCA